UUUCGUUUCGCCACGACGAUGUGGAGGCGAGAGCAGGAGGAAGUUGACGUGUUUGCGAUUUGGGUUUUUCUCUGUUGGGUCUUGUUCCUUAAGUCGAGCGAUUGGUAGAAUCCUGUCGCUGUCGCUUCCACGGGAUCCUUAGUAUCUUCGUUGUCGAGUUCGUAAGGUUCGCUGUCGUGAGUGGAAUAAAUCUGUGUGUGUUAGUUAAAGCAGUAGAUGUUAGUGGCAAGGCCUUGGAGGGUUGAUGCGUGUCGAAGUGCUCGGGGAAAGAUGAUCACUUGGACUGAAUUGUUAGCAUGGUGAGAGUUAAGGAGGAAUACGAUGUGGUGGGGAGCCCUUCGUUUUCUAAUGGCGGCUGCAACUCGUAUCCGAAGAAAUCACCGUCCACUUUAUGGAGGGCAAGUGGUCCAAUUAGGCGUUCAACAAGAGGAAGAUGGACAAAGGAAGAGGACAGACUUCUUAUUGCAGCGGUGCAAAAGUUCAAUGGCAAGAAUUGGAAGACAAUAGCUGCAUGUGUCCCUGGUAAGACAGAUUGCCAGUGCUUGCAUCGCUGGCAGAAGGUUCUAAAUCCUCGUCUUAUUAAAGGAUCUUGGACAAAGGGGGAAGAUGAUCUUUUAAUCAAUUUGGUUAAGAGAUACGGCUGCAAAUGGUCGCUCAUUGCAAAAACCGUUCCUGGUCGCAUAGGCAAGCAGUGCCGAGAAAGGUGGACUAAUCAUCUCGAUCCUUCAGUAAAGAAGGUUGCCUGGACAGCAGAAGAGGAAUCCAUUCUCGCUCACUGCCACCAUGUUUAUGGUAACAAGUGGGCACAAAUAGCAAAAAUUCUUCCUGGAAGGACGGACAAUGCAAUUAAGAACCAUUGGAAUUGCUCAAUGAAGAAGAGAUCAGGUUCAUGGUCAACCGGCUGUAUAAUGGAAAUGUCUGAUGCUAGCUCUGAAUUUUGCUGUCCAGGGCUUAAGGCAGAUUGCUCGAUGGUUAAGUUGGAGCGACAAAGUCUGGAUGAAAUCACUUCUGUUGAUCAAAGAAUGCAUUUGGACUUGAAUAGAACUUGUUUCACCAACUUCACUCUUGAAUAUUCUCGUGGUGCUACGAUGGAUUCAGAAGCAGAAGAUUGUUGGAUAUCAACUACUUCGCAUUCAACAGCAGGGGCAAAUAGCAUAGCGUGUCCGACUGCCAAUCCAUUUCAUGUGGCCACUGGUUUUUCUCAAGAUGCUGAUAGCGAUUCUAAUAUUUCAAUUUCCUCACUAGCUGCUCCUUCAAGCAUGGGCGCAUCUUUAACUGUUGAGUUAACUCCUAGUCCUGUCAAAGUUGAUCUUUCUGUUGCCUCCCAUAGUUUUGAAUCACCUAAAAGGAUAAGAGUAGGUGCUACUAGUACAAAAUUCAGUGAUGAUCCCGGAUAUUUUUGUUCGAAUUUCUCGAAAUCCACAGAUAUGGACUUCACUGGAGCUGAUAAGAGAAAAAACAUUGCGGAUAUGUUAUUGUCAGCACUUCAGCCGAGAGAUCCGGUCACUUUGGUUGCAAAUAAUGGUUUCACAGGUGUAGAAAAUCAAAAUAGUCCAUCAAGGAGUUUAUGUUACCUUUCCACUCCCCCUAACUUGGUGAGCAGCGUUAGUGUCAAAAGUUGGAGUCCAGAGUUGAUUUUGAGGAACUUGGCAAUGACCUACAAGCAUACUCCUUCCAUCAUUAGGAGGCGACACUCAAAAAAAUUGGGCGAUGCUUCUUUCUCGGGCUCUGCUAGCACGCCAGCAUCGAUGGUUUCAAAUUCUCAGGAGAAGGACGGUGGUAGUGUGGAUUUUCUGCGUGUGGAACAAGGUCUUCUAUCGAAUUUUCAUAAUGCUAGAAUUUCCACUGCUGCUAAAUGUCUAGAGAAAUGCCUAGAGCAUGCCUUCAACAUGGAAAUGGAUAUGGUUGUUCCCUGAACGUGGGGUUUAUGCCAACAGCGCAUUACCUGGAGAUGAGUGAGCAAAUCAAUGAUGUUUCAUCUGUACCAAGCAUUUCUAUUAUGUCAACAAGCUCCAGGACGGGGCCUACACAAGAAGAUAGCUAUAUCGCUGAUAGUAUCUUCAUCUGCAUCUUUGUAGCUUACUUUGCUCCAUGAACUUGUUUCCUGUUAGUCUGACUCUCGGGGAUGACAAUGGCACAGCUGUGUGUAUAAUGUGGCUGUGUUACUUCAAUUGAAAACAAGUACAUACAAAAAGAAUUCCCUCUCUACUGCUAUAACUUCAAGAUUGCAUGUACUGGCAUUUUGUAAUUGAUGACAGCUCAGCUCUGUAAGGAAUAAAAAGUAGGAAAAUCUUGCUUUCACA